AUGGAUCCAUUAGACCCAGAAUAUAGUUAUAAAUUUUUGACAGAUGGAGCACCUUUAAAACUAGAAAAGUUAUUAGAUAUCGAAGUCAAACCUGGAGCCUUUAAAACAGCUUCACUUAUUGGAACGAUUACAGUUGGUGUGGUGGCUGGUGCCGCAGCAGCCUAUUAUUGGUUAAAUAGGCCAGAAGAUGAAGAAUCAGAUGACGAAGGUGGCAGCGGUGGUAGCAUCAAUGACGAAGAUGCUAUCAUCACUACAACCACUACGACGACUACUACAACCUCUUACUUUCCUCCUCCUCCUCCCAUCAUCAAUGGCGGUCCACCCAUCCAACGAUCGAUCCAUACACCGCUUCCACCACGGUUGCACAGUCACGCUUGUCCCUCAAAACUUUUAAAAGACAAUGGCGAACCACUACCAAUUGAAGAACAAAACCGAUUACUAUUAAAUGAAAAUAGAACUCUAAGAAGAGAUGUUGAUAAUUUAAAUACUUUUGUAACAGAAAAAAUGGCAUCAAUUGAGAAAAAGUUAGAAUCUUAUGAUAAAACGAUAAGAGACUUGGAAUCUGAAUUGGACAAGGAAAGAUUCUGUUUUAUUUGUCAAGAGAAUGAAAAGCAAGUGUGUUGGACUGGUUGUGGUCAUCGACUCUGUGGUAGAUGUGCGAUUGUUAUUAAAAGCAGUGGAGGUCAACCAGUUUGUCCAAUGUGUCGCAAACCUGUUGAUACUUUUGUACGUUGUUAUAAUUCUUAA